CUCUCCGCCCCUCUUUCCUGCCUAUAUGACCAAGACAAAUUUGAAUUCUCUAUUUUAUUCUCGCAUGGGCUAUGGGUUUAAGGACAGUUGAGUAAAGUCAUGGUAUCACAGACAUCGAGUUAUGACAGCACUGCAACUGUCCUUAUCCUCCUCUUCAUAUUAAUCUUACUUGCUCUGGCACUGGUGUAUUUUUACAAAAGACUCAAUGUGGACACAAAUGGGCAGUACACCGUCCAGAACAUCGUCUUCGCCCCUGGUGGCCUACGGGAUCGCGUGAGACAAGGAGUUGGGGUUGUGGAAAACAGAUUUGGUGUCCACAUUUGGCCUGAACCCCGUGAGGAUGAGGAGAACAUGGGAGAUUUUGACGAAGAGGAGGGUGGAGGUCAUGACAAACAAAACGACAGUUACACAGAGGGAGAACAGCAGGAAAAUGAUGACGGUGGGGGCGAUUCUUCCAGUGACUAUUCCAGCGUUGACCUGAGGGAGAGGGCUAAGACGCAGGCGGAGGAAACGAAAAGCGAGAAGAGUGAAGCUGAGGAAGAGAAGAAGGAGGAGGAAAAGGAGGAGGCAGCAGGAGGAGAUGAGAAUGAAUGUGGGGAAAAGAGGAACGAAGAAAAAGUGGGAUUGCUCGUAGAUCUAACGCCAUUUUCAGGUAGCGCAAUUUGGUCUGGGCCUGAGGAGGACAAAGUUGGAAAUGAGGGAAUUGACUUGACUGCGUUAUGAAAAGCACGGAAACAUGGCGUGCGAAUUUAAUUGGUGGGAAAUCAGGUGACUGGCCAGGGGACGGCACAAAAAAGUGAUACAAAUUUAGAUUCAGUUGAACACUGCAAAUGACAUAAAGAUCCCAUGGAACAGUUCAUUGAACCGUAAGACAAAAUGUUUAAAAUCAAACAGUUUUUUUUUUUUUUUUUUUUUGCUGAGCAUCAUAUUUGAUCAUAUUUUUCUAAAACAAUUACGUUUGGAUUAAAAUUUCAUCUUGAAAUAUUACCAAAAAUAUAACGGUUUUUGUUACGUCUACUUAAUAAAAAUCAGCAGCAAAAACACAUGACGCGUCCUGACGUAUUGUUCUACUUGUUAAAAAAGUAUAAAGCAUCGAUUAGACGAAAGAAGACAAUUUUGAAUGUUUACUACUCAUAUUCCAGCAAAGUUUUGAUUGGUUAAGUUAGUAAGAAGUUUCCGUAUCAAAUGUAACAGUCUUUUACACCCUUUCUGCAAGUUGUUUGUUCUAUUCACUUCCUGCUGUUUUUUUCUGCCAAUGCUGACAGUGUGUGAAAAUACAUUGUGAAACUUGUUAACAUUUUUAAGAGAUGUACAUAUUUUUGCAUUACAGAAUAUUUUUCAUGUCAAUAAAAUGAUUUUCAGAA